AUGACUUCAGCAGUUCCACCAAAGAGCAAACCGCUGCCUCCGGGCAUAUAUUGCCCAGUAAUCUCUCUGUUCAAAGGGACACCGCGGCAGGAGAUCGACUACGAUGCUUCAUACAAGUUCUUCACUCAUCUCAUCCGGAGUGGGAUCCACGGAAUCGUCCUCGCUGGCACAAAUGCCGAGGCGGUUCUGCUUUCACCAACUGAGCGACAGGAGUUGGUGAGAACUGCUCGACGGGCGGCUGUGGAUUUGGGAUUUGAUGAUUAUCCUGUGGUGGCGGGAAUUAGUGGGCAAUCAACGAACGAGUCUCUUCGCCUCGCCGAAGACGCUCGUGAGGCAGGAGCAGACUUUGGGCUACUUCUGCCGCCCAGCUACUGGCCUAAAGCAGUCACGAAAGACGUCAUUCUGGACUUUUACACUGAGGUUGCAGACAGCAACCUUCUCCCAAUCGUCAUCUACAGCUUUCCUGCUGUCUGCAAUGGCGUGGACAUGAACUCGGAUGUCAUGUCAGCCUUGGCUCAGCAUCCCAACAUUGUCGGGGUCAAAUUGACAUGUGGUAAUGCUGGCAAGGUUACUCGGUUAACUCAGGAAUAUACACAUGAACAAUUUGGGGUAUAUGCUGGCUCAUCUGACUGGCUCAUCCCUUGUCUCAGCGGGGGCGGAUCAGGUUGCGUGACAGGAAUUGCCAAUGUUUUCCCAAAGUCAACCGCCAAGCUAUUCUCUCUGUGGAAGGCUGGGCAGAUUGAAGAAGCGCGAAAGUUACAGGGUCUGAUAUCACAGGCCGAAAAGGCCUGCAAGGAAGGAAUUGCGCCUACCAAAUUUGCCGCGGCACACUUUGCCGGACCCGUCGCAGGAGUGACGGACCAAGCAGCAUUCCUCCCUCGAAAGCCGUAUAAAGCGUCAUCACCGGCAACGCGGGAAUGGGUAAUCGGUGUGAUGAAGCAUCUUGUGGAUAUUGAGAAUUCUUUGCCAGAUGUGCGAGCGGAGUGA